UCAACGUAAUCGCUGAGUCUGUCUGUUGUCGGUGUUGUGACUAUGUUCGGUGACUGAAAGCUGUCAAUCGUUCGCAAAACAGAAUGAGUUUGCCAUUUAUUUUCCUCCACAAACUAUUUUAGAGGCGUCAACACAUGCAAAUGUUUUCCAAUACAUAGCAACAAACUUAAAAAUGGGAUCCCAGACACUCGAAAUUCUCCGUCAAGGGGUCUGGGCAUCCUUCACUGGAGGCUGGUUUUACGACCCUAGGCAAGAUCACGAGUCAAAUAUACUGCAUUUGUACUUAUGGCUUUUUCUAUUAUGCCUUCCCUUUGGCUUGUACAUGUUCCUUCAGCCACUGCUGUCAGUAUGGAUAUGCUAUGCGGUCACCGUUUGUGUGGUCUUCAGUACACUGAAGAUAAUAAAUGUGCGGUUGCAUCGCAUGUUUGACAGUGGAGAAUGCAUUGAAGAAUCUAGUGAUGACUCCAACCGCUCCGAGUCUGCUGACCAUGAUGGUGCAGAAUCUCAGGGUCGUACCCUUAAAAAGGAUGCAGAGCACAUCGAAAUGAGAGUGUUAAAGCAGCAUAGAGAUGGAGAUACGCCUCCAGUGCAGUGUAGUUCUCGAAAUUCGUUCAGUGACGGUGCUGUUAAACUCGCUAGCAUCACAACAACGGAGUCUAUGGAACUUGUUGGGCAGCUGGGGCGAGCAGAGAACUUCAGUGAGAAGCCUUGUAACAGUACCAUUGAUCUUCAAGUUGACGUUCAUCACCGCAACAGCUCAGGUAGCUCGGGUGCCGGUUCGGCGUCUGAGAAACGUGAACCAAAUUUUGGGGGAGCUGCAGGGAGUAGUCAGCAUUGUGAUUUAGUGGCAGCUGUCCUCCAGGAAGUAGCUGACCUGAAGAAGGGUGCCACAGCUGUGGAGUCAGCUACAGCUGCUACAUCUGGCUUUGACAAACGCUGCAGUGAUGUGCCUGGCCACCAGCCGACAGGUUCCUCUCAAGAAGUUCCAUUGGGGUCAUCUGUAUCACUACACCCGAAUGGACGUCACCAACACCAUCAGCACUGCUGUAGUGGAUUCCUCUCGUCUGGCUCUUCAUCCAACUCGCUUCGUAAUGCCACAGGAUCUGUUGAGUUAGCUUUCCUUUCGCAUGACCCUAGUGUGCGAGCAGCUGAACUGGCUCGUGCUGCGCAGCAGAGGAAGAACGGCAUUGGUGAAGACAAUGGAGAUACCAAGCGCCUUGUGCGUCGUGCUCACAGUGAGCUGGAGACGUGCCCUUCUGAGAAGAAGCAGCAAAGACCCUCUGUACCACCCUCGCAUCCAGUAUCCUUAGAAGCGAUCCGUAUUGCAAGCGGUGGAGGCUCGGUGGGACGGCACCACACACGGCGCAGUGCAGAGUUCCUUCGACCCGCGUUGCUCAGCGAGGCUGCUAUCAAACCUAUUGCUGAGCAACCGGCUGCUGAAACGCAUGCAAGUGCGCAGUCUCUAGUACGACAUCGCUCACUUGAUGCAACGACGCUCAGGCAAAGGAGAAGGAGCAGUAUGGAAGGCAAAGAGUGUGCGCACGAUGAGAAGCAUUUAGUGAAGAGCUCGCCUCCUCUCGUUUCAUUUGCUUCUGCUGGUGCUGCCACCAGUGGAGCAGCCAGAAUGGAUACGGACGAUGGUCAGUCUUCACAUUUCUUCCCUUCCACAGAGACUGUGUCAUCAACGUCUGGGGAGUCUGAUCGAAGCAGCAGUCACUUCACUGUGAUUUACAAGCCGCUUGAUCCGUGCCGUGGUAUACCUCAGGAGUUGGAUCUUCCUGAACAGUACCCAGGCUGGCUAGAAGGCCCCCAAAAUCCAGACCGCCUUCCAUCUCCUACCUGUUCUGACAGAAGUAGUCUAGGGGGACUAGACUGGCUUUUUGGAGUAGCUUCUGUUGCAACGUUUCCUCCAGCUUCUGGGGGAGAGAACAAAGUGGUGACACCUUCCGACUUCAACUUUGUGACCAAGAGGAAGAAAACAGCAUGUCUAGGAGGAGGAGUCUGUCCUGAGCCCCCGGGACCAAAAGGCACACAAGACGUAGGACCCUUCCAACAUGCAUUAUCCUCUCCAAAGAGCGCAUCAUCGGAGCAGAGUUACUCGGACGCAAGCUCUCCUUCUUCCCCCGACGAGACGACACCACUAGGUUCGAGAGGACGAAGUUGUGCCGCGCUUGGCGCCAUUCCAAAGCAGUACUCAGAAACUGGACGAUUACUUCAGCCUGAGCUGCCAGUAACGAGGACUACAGUACGGUCCUUACUCAGUCACCGUCUCCUGGAAAUCCUAAACUUGGACAAUCCACAGGAAUGCGAGAUAGAGCUGCAGAAGCUGAAAAGAGAGCUGGAUAUGUGCAGGAGGCUAGCAUCCAAUAGUGAAGAGUCACCAGAAGCAUCAUCUGCUAGCAAAGCACCAUCAAGCAGAAAACGACCAAAGCUUGCUGCUACUCGUCGUAAAGCCAGUUAUGGAACAUCCGAGUUCUUAUCUCUGUUACCGAAUUCUGUGCCAACCAACUCGGAAGGGGAGAGAGAGGAUGACUGCAGCAGUGGACGUACAACAGCUGCGCAGAAAACAGAGAACAACAAGGGUCCUCCAGCAUAUCUACUAGCUAGCAUUCUGUCUACACCUGGCACACAUCUGGCUGUGUCCCAUGAUGACACUUCUCCAGGGGCAGUACAUUGCUUUCAGGAUGAGCACGGGAACUGGCAGACAUACACAUUUGAUGAGAACAGUAUAGGCAUUUCACGAGGACUAGAAACAUCACCAGACGCUAAAGUCUUCCAGAUGAUGUUUGAUCACAAGUGGGAAACAUCAUCUCACAGCAGUUCAAGUUCAAGCUCUACUACCGUUAAGGACAGCCCUCCUGUUCACCAUGCCACCCAGCUGUCUUUUGACUGUCCAGUCCCUGGAAACGCGACUACCUCUACGAAACAGCAGCUGCACAGGCAUCUCCAUCAUCAUCAACACCAGCAUCACCAUCAUCACCACCAACCCCCCCUCUCUUCCCUGGACUUGUCCCUCCCGUCAUCAGUACCAUCUCUUUCUGCCCGGCAUGGCCCAAACGAGGAUCCUGUGGCGGCUGCCAGAGCGGCUGGAGGGGCCAUCGAACGGUUCAUGAGGGACAAUGGCUUAGAAUUCAACCCUAACCGAAGUACCAGAGCCCCUUUCACUUUGGCAGAAUCACUACUCAACCGUAUGGCAGCCGGUAGCAGCGGCACGGGGGCACCCACCCUGUCACAAGCUGCGUCUUCUCAGGACACUGAGCUCGACUCGGCAUGUCACGUUCGAUUUGCUGGGAGUGGUGGUCUUCAAUCCAGCAAGCCACGACACUAUUAUCGCUUUCAGGUCUUUCCCUGUAAAUAUGUAAAAGUAGGCUUUGAUCGACUGGCGCUCCUUACUGUUCUUGACCGUAAUCUCACUGUGGUGGAGAACGUGUUAUCCGUGGCCCUGGCUGUGCUGGUUGCUGUCCUAGGAGCGCUAUGCCUAUCCAGAGGCUUUUUUCAGGAUAUCUACAGCUUCUUAUUUUGCUUUGUAAUGGCUAGUUGCCAGUACAGCCUUCUAAAGAGUGUUCAGCCUGAUGCUGCAUCUCCCACACAUGGGUACAAUCGUGUGGUUCUUUAUAGCCGCCCUGUGUAUUUCUGCCUCUGCUGCUCCUCUCUGCUCCUUGUGCAGCUACUGCUAGACUCUCAUGUUGCGUACACUGAUGUCACGCUUUAUGGUGUUCGGCUGUUUAGUGAAAAUGCUGUUCAUUGGGCAAGAAGCCUUCUCAUAUGGUUCAUUCUAAUGUUUCCUCUGAUCUUCAGCAUGGGACUACUACCACAAAUAAAUACAUUUGUCAUCUACGUUCUUGAACAAAUCGAUAUGCACAUAUUUGGCGGAUCAGCUACUACUGGAUUAAUUUCUGCCAUUUACUGCAUCACGAGGAGUAUUGUAGCAACUGUGUUCCUCUUUGGACUGUCUUAUGUUUCUCUCAAGGAGGGACAUAACCCUUCACAGCACAUCAUGUUUUCAAUCUUCUGCGGAUUUCUCGUUACGUCUUGCUUCUUCCUUAGCAGAAGUGCUAGUGAUCCUACUAUAAUAUGGAGCAUCUUCAAAGACCAUAUAUGGUUGGAGACGGCUUCGAAAAUCGGCAGCACUGAAGAAACUGGCGAGCAUGUCGAUCCACUGCCACGAAAGCUACAAAAAACUGUGAGAGCAAGGUUACGUACAGAUGCAAUUCACUGUGUGUUUAUCACGGUGCUUGUAUUUGCCAUACAUGUGAGCACAAUGUUUUCGGCACUACAGCCAUAUUUGGAGAUGAUUCUGCAUUUUGGUGCAAUGGCAUGGGGUCUGACCUUGCAUUACAUCCUGCCUCAGCUACGGAAGCAGUUGCCCUGGCUGUGCUGUUCCCAUCCAGUCCUGAAGUCCCACGAACACCAGCAGUUUGAAGUCAGAGAACCUGCACGGGUCAUGUGGUUUGAGAAAAUGCAAGUCUGGAUGUGGUUCAUUGAGAAGAAUCUCAUCUACCCACUGCUUUUCUUGAGUGCACUCAGUGUUGGAACACCUGAGAUAAUAUCCCAUUUUGGUGUUACGGGAGGAUGUGUAGUGCUUGUUGUCUGCAGCAUGAAGUGCCUCCGUAGUGCAUUCAGUGACCCAUCGCAGCACUAUCUAGUCCUUGUGUUCACAACCUUGUUCUUUAAGUAUGACUAUCGAGGCCCUCAAGAACCAUUCCUGAUAAACUAUUUUUGCUGCCUUUUCAUGUUUUCGAAGGUUUAUGAGUUUUUACUGAAAGUUCGCUUCAUCAUCACGUACAUUGCACCCUGGCAAAUCACGUGGGGAUCUGCUUUCCACGCCUUUGCUCAGCCCUUCAGUGUACCUCAUUCAGCCAUGCUGUUUGUGCAGGCAAUGAUUUCUGCACUUCUAUCAACCCCACUGAGCCCUGUGUUGGGAAGUGCUAUAUUCUUCACGUCAUAUGUUAGGCCUGUGAAGUUUUGGGAACGAGAUUACAAUACCAAGAGAGUCGACCAUUCCAACACUCGACUAUCAUCACAGCUAGAAAGAAAUCCGGGCUCAGACGACAACAAUUUGAACUCCAUCUUUUACGAGCACCUGACUCGUUCGCUCCAACAGUCCCUUUACGGGGACUUGGCUUUAGGACGGUGGGGAAAUGUGUCGCAGGGGGACUGCUUUGUGCUCGCUUCUGACAACCUGAACUGCUUGGUGCACAUUGUGGAAUUGGCAAAUGGCCUGGUCACGUUCCAACUCCGCGGCCUGGAAUUUAGAGGAACAUACUGUCAGCAACGUGAGGUGGAAGCCAUCAGCGAGGGAGUUGAGGAGGAUGAAGGGUGCUGCUGUUGCGAACCAGGUCAUAUCCCUCAUUUGCUAUCAGCCAAUGCUGCUUUUGGGCAGCGUUGGCUCGCGUGGCAGGUGGCUGCCACAAAGUAUGUGCUCGAAGGGUACUCGAUCUCGGACAACUCGGCUUUGUCCAUGCUGCAAGUGUUUGACCUGCGAAAGGCCCUUGUCACCUAUUAUGUCAAGGCUCUCGUGUACUACACAGUCACGUCAAAUAGGCUAGAGGAGUGGCUGGGACUUCCCACGGUAAAAGACGCUCUGUGCCCGACCCUGGAGCGUAACUACGCUGACGUGGAUCCCAUGUUCAACAUGAACAUCGAUGAAGAUUACGAUUUUCGCGCAGCGGGAAUAUCUCGUAGCUCUUUCUGCAACGUGUACCUUGAUUGGCUGCAGUUCUGUGUUGCUCGCUCGGGCAAGAGUGUGGACCAUGACAGAAACUCAAUGCUGGUGUCCUUAUGCUUUGCUCUAAGUCUCUUGGCACGUCGUGCUCUGGGCACAGCAUCACACAAUUCCUUUUCAAGUGUGGACCUCCUGCUGUACGGAUUACAUGCCUUGUUUAAGGGUGAUUUCCGCAUUACAUGUGUGAGGGAUGAGUGGGUUUUCCAAGACAUGGAGCUGCUGCAUAAAGUUGUGGCACCCAGUGUCCGCAUGGCUCUGAAACUACAUCAGGACCACUUUAUGUCAGCUGACGAGUAUGAAGAUCACGCAACCCUUUUUGAUGCAAUAAGCAACUAUGAAAAGAACCUGGUGAUAUCACAUGAGGCAGACCCAGCCUGGCGCAGUGCCGUUCUUUCAAGCGUACCUUCUUUGCUGGCACUUCGGCACGUCUUCGAUGACAGUUCUGAUGACUACAAGAUCAUAAUGCUUAACAAGCGUCAUCUCAGCUUCCGUGUGAUCAAAGUAAACCGUGAGUGCGUGCGAGGCCUAUGGGCAGGUCAGCAGCAAGAGCUCGUCUACCUUCGUAACCGCAACCCGGAACGAGGCAGCAUUCAGAAUGCCAAGCAGGCCUUGAGGAACAUAAUCAACUCGUCUUGCGAUCAGCCCAUCGGAUACCCCAUCUAUGUCUCUCCGAUCACUACUUCCUUCUUGGAAACAUCUGAACAGCUUUGUAGCUUGAUUGGAGGCUCACUCAGCUUGUCAAGGUUUGGAGGAGCAAUAGUGGGCUUUUGGAACAGACUGAAGGUGCGAUGUGGUGAGGGAUGUUCAAGUGGUGGCACUGCUGUCCAAGAUGACGGAAUGUUUGACUACACAAUGGGUGGGUCACUCUCUGGGAGUAUUACCAGAGCACGGCGUAGCCACUCAAGUGGCUCUCAUUCCGUCAGCCAUUCUGCGACUGAAACCGCAAGCAGCGGUGGUGGCGACCACGUUAGCCGCAGCACAGGCCGUGCAUCUGCGUCGAGCAGCAUUGGACAUGGGAGCACAGUGAGCAGUCUGGGACACAACAGUGCAAGUUUUACACGGACAUCUUUGAGUAACAUAGCCAUAAAUCUCGUGUACAAGCCUGUGCCAAUGUCGUCCGGCACUGGUGCUCUCCUGAGCAUGACACCGCUACGACAACAGCAACACUUCUCACUAGCAGAUGUGAGUGUGCCUGCAAUGGUGGCCAGCCCGUUUGUUGUUGACGGUGGUGCUAGGACAUCCAUUUCCACUCUCCACCCAGGUGGUACCGUGUGGGAAACUGCGCUGACAUCAAGUGACAAAGCCAACAUUUAGAUGCUGAUGUGUAUUUAUGUUGUAAUAUAAUAUAAUAUAAUAGUGAG